AGCUCGCUGCGUUUCCCAAGCCGCGCGUUGAGGGGAGGUGGCCGGCGUUUCGGAUACACUGCAUCCCCGCAUGCCAGCUCAGUGCUCCGCUUUUAUUAAACUAGGGGAAGAGAAAGGUUAUUGGAGCCCUAUAGAUUCAUUGAUAUUUUGCGUGGUUAUUUUUAGGGGUAACCCCAAGAUAAAAGGUGGUUUCUACUGGUUACUGCGGCAGGAUGUCGGAGUUUCUGGUGACCCUCCUCGGGGAGCGGUUGGUGAACAGCGAAAGGGCUGAGGUGGACGUGCAGGAGCUGGGCGGCCGGCUGUCCGUCCUAGGGCUCUACUUCGGCUGCAGCCUCAGCGCACCGUGCCGGCAAUUCAACGGCAGCCUGCGCGACUUCUACUGCAAGUUCAAGAAGGCGUCGGAGCGCAGGGAGGAGCUGGAGAUCGUCUUCGUCUCGUCGGACCAGGAUCAGAAACGCUGGCAGGAGUUCCUGCAGGAGAUGCCGUGGUUGGCGCUGCAUAUCAAAGAUAAGCACAAAAAGAUGAAACUUUGGAAUAAGUAUCGGGUGACCAGCAUUCCAUUUCUGGUGUUCGUGGAUGCCGCCACGGGCAAGGCGGUGUGCCGAAACGGCCUUCUGGUGGUUCAGGAUGACCCCAAAGGGCUGGAGUUCCCCUGGCGGCCCAAGCCGUUCGCCGAGGUGGUGGCCGGACCCCUGCUCAGGAAAGACGGCCACGUGACGGACAGCAGCUCCCUGGAUGGCUCCUAUGUUGGAGUUUACUUCUCUGCCCACUGGGUGAGUUACCCAGCGCCUGUCCGUGUAGCUGCUGUGUGUGGCAGUCCUCGUUCCUCUCAUUCUCACGCGUGCGUGCGUGUCGCCCCCUGCAGGUCUGAGGACUCCUUCACGCAGUACCUGAGCGAGAUGCCCUGGGUGGCCGUCCCGUACUCCGACAAAGCCCGGCGCUCACGGCUCAACCGGCUCUAUGGGAUACAGGGAAUCCCCACGCUGAUCCUGCUGGACACGGACGGCCGGGUCAUCACGCGGCAGGGCCGCGCAGAGGUCUUGAGUGACCCGAACUGCUGGCGGUUCCCCUGGCAUCCACGACCCGUGCUAGACCUGAGCGAGUCCAAUGCCGCACAGCUGCACGAGGGGCCCUGUCUGGUGCUGUUUGUGGAUGCAGAGGAGGAGGCGGAGCUGGAGCCGGCGCGGGAGCUUCUCCGGCCAAUAGCAGAGAAGAUCCUGGCCAAUCACAAGGCCAAGGGGGAGGAGCCGCCCCUGCUCUUCUUUGUGGCUGGAGAGGACGACAUGAGCGACUCUCUGCGCGAUUACACCAACCUGCCAGAAGCGGCGCCGCUGCUCACCAUCCUGGACAUGUCAGCUCGGGCCAAGUUCGUGCGUGACGUGGAGGAAGUCACUGCCGCCGUGGCAGAACAGUUUGUGAGCGACUUCCUGGCAGAGAAGCUCACACCAGAGCCCAUCUGAACCCGGAUGAGCGCACGCUGAACCCCUGCUCCCCUUCUGAUUACAGACAUCACUCCCACACAACGCAGUUUAUGUUCAAUUUGUCUUUUCACACACCAUCCCCAAAAAAAAGAAAAUCAGCAUAUGCCCAGCAGUCUAAAUAUCAGCAUUGUUUUUAUUUUUCCAUUUUUUAGAACACAGAUGUGUACACGAAUUAUAAAAACAAUAAAGUGAAAGCUGUUGACGA